AUGUUCGCUUUUGUACCGAAAUCUUCUCUGGCGGACGAGAUAACUGAAAUUCGUGUCACGAAUUUAAAACCGCUGCAAAGUAUAACUCUUGAAGCGAAGUUAUUCGGAGAUAAAGGCGAAUUGUUCGAGUCAUACGCUCAUUAUGUUGCUGAUAAAGACGGCAAUGUCGAUGUUGGCCACGACCUGUCCAUAGGUGGAUCUUACAGUGGUGUUGAACCCAUGGGGUUGAUAUGGAGCUUGAAGCAGGCACCAGGGCAAAAAAAAGGAAUCCGACUUUUUAAAAGAGAUGUUACUUUGCCGUUUGAUAUUAUCGUGAACUGUUUUGAUGGUCAUGUAAUUCCACGCGAAACAUCGCUGCAGCCAUUGUCAAGCGGAACAUUUCAAAAGUCGUACAUGGCGGAUGGAGUAAAGAGAGUUCCUGUAAGAGAAGGGAGAAUCCGAGGGACGUUGUUUCUGCCACCGGGUGAUGGACCAUUCCCAGGUAUUUUCAUAAAAGUGGUCUGCUGACAAUAUUUUGUUUUAGACCUUUUUUUUAUUUGAGCAUGGAUUGCAAUCACAGGCAACCCGAGCCCAGAAAUCAUUAACCUGUAUGGUUGUAUGGUAUCAUAUUGCAUAAUUCUUACUAGAGAUACGUGUAUUGCAGAACUUCGUGACGAAGCAUCUGCCAUAUUGCUUGUAGUAUGUUUGCAUGAGGUCUGGGUCAAAGUGACUUAUGAUUGGUCCACGUACUUGUGCUUAUGGUCGUCCUUAUGUUGACCCUGCUUUCACUAGUCAAAGCUACGACAUAAUUAUAAGCAUAAGCACAAGAAGAACGAACUUGUCCAUUUUUCUUGUGCUUAUGCUUAUGGUUAUGCAUGGGCUAGUGAAAACCAGGCUUAAGGAAGCUUCAUAGAUCCUAUCCUGUGUUCACCCCAUUGGGCGAUUCCAGAAAAUAUCCAUACCAUACCACGGACGGCUUUUAGGAUUUCCGAAGGGGAGGGGGGGUUCACGAUUAUGGAAUUCUGAGGGCAUGGGGGGUAUUUACGAUUGGAAAUCCGAAGGCAUGGCGGAAUUCCACAGGUGGGAUUUCUGGAGUAGAAAGUGUAGAGUGAGUUCCUUGAAAACGCUAUUGUUGUGGACUUUUGUAGUUCGUAAAUAAACCACGAACGUAUGACCGCGGAAGCAGAAGACAAGCAUCGAUAGAUCAGACACGUGUUUACGCUCAUAACUUAUAGAAGUGAACAGUAAAACGUGGGUUUUACAUUAACCUUGAUGAAUUUCUUGUCACAUGAAAAAAAAAAACGGAAUAUACAUGUAUCUUAUUGCUUGCAAGUUUCUUGUUACUCCCGUCCGAUGAACAGUAAAAAAACUCGCACCAGUCCCUGGCUUCCAAGGAACGCCUGGCGCGCCUGUCAGAUUAGAACACUUUUCGUGCACACUACAUGACGUAUAAAAGGACGCAACACGCCUCGACGGCAUAUUUGACCACCGAAAGAUUUUAACGGUCUGAAUUUGAGCUAUUUUGCUUUGUAAACGUCAAAACAGCACAAGAAAACAAAGAGGAGUAAAAUUGCCGUUAGUGGUGUUUAUUUUUAUUGCCAAAUUCGGACCUAAAAAGGAGUUUGCACAGCCUGUCUACUAGCGGUAGGUUAGAGUCUGAAAGCUUGUCGCCUGGCGCCGCUAGAUCACAGCCUUGCAUUUGAGGAGGCAUAAAGUCAUGUUCGUUUGUUCAUAUAGGCGUUGCUAAGUUGAAAAUGUACUUCCAAAAAAAUGGAAAUUCUGAAGGGGAGGGGGGGUUCACGAUUAUGGAAUUCUGAGGGCAUGGGGGGGUAACGCAUUUUGGAAUUUCCGAAGGCAAGGGGGGGAUAAAACAUGGAAGCCGUCCGUGGUAGGGUAUGGAUAUUUUCUGGAAUUGCCCAUUUGACCCUCCUACAUGUAUAACCCUGGUCAAAAGGAAAUGGGGGUGAUGGUGGACAACUGCCAGCUAAUAUACAGUUUCAUUUGCUUAAUAAAAGCUAACCCUUAAGUGCAAUAAAUUAUUUGUGAAAUAACAUAACUUUAUUGUUUAUAAAGUGCAUAUUUGUGGUUGCUGUAACCUCUGUCUCUUGUUGACUGCAUUUGCCUUAAUUUACUGUGCCAUUGCUCUCGCUGUAUUUCAUGGCAACGUUUUUGCUCUUGCCCAAUUUCGUUGGUAAAUCUUUCCCAGCAAGGAUUUCCAUCCACUUGUUGAAGCCACCAUUGAUGAGUUUGCUGUUUUCUUUCAUUUGCCUGAGAUAUUGGGUGUUGAUCACUGACCAUAAACAUUGUUAUAUGUACUUGUCGUUGAUGGCAAUCGUUUGCCUGGAAACCCAUAAUGCACUUUGACAUCACUACUCUGGAUGACGUCAAGGCGGACACCAACCAAACUGGAUAGAUUUAUAGCAAAGAGAAAAUCACGCAUACCUUGCAAUCAUAUGCUUUUGGGAUUAUAAACCUUUAAAUCGCAAGGAAAAAUUGGCCAUGAAUUUAAAGGAUUUGUUUGGGAAUACAGGUAAUAGAUUUAAGAAGAUCAAUGCUGGCUUGCGAUUUCCUUUACUCCUGGCCUUUACCCUUUGAGUUAGCUUGGGGGUAAAGAAAAUACCUUAAAUCGCAGUGGAUCGGGAAUACAACCACUCAGCAAGCAAGAACACACCAAUGUAGUACCCUGUUAGCAGAGUUGCUUUAAUCUUUCCUAGAUAAGUCGGGACAGAGGAAGCGACAGCUCUGCCGACAUCGUCAAACUCCUUUGAUUUGCCGAUCAUUCCGCAAUUUGCAAGCCAAUAGGGUAUAGGGCUUGCUCCUGUAUAAAAUUUUAAAGUGAUCAUGCUCGGAAAACCCCAUUUCUAUAUAACCCUCUGAGAGGACAAUUUCUGUCAAAAAUUUCUGGUAAAUUGAUCAUCAUUUUUGUGCUUGUCUUCAAUACUACUGAGAUAACACUUCCCCAGAAAAGGGCUUCUUUUUCCCCCUGUUUUCACAGUGAAUAUUUGAGACUUCCAUGCAGGUAUAAAUAAUGACAGUCCAAACUUAUUUUUCUUCCUUAAGCUUAGAUGGCCCAUCAGAUUCUAUAACAUGACUAAAAUGCUGGAAGAUAUUUUUUGAACCCUUAAUUUGUCACUUUGUCACUUUGCAUCCAUGCUUCACAUAUACUAGUACUCGGUUUUUAAUUAUUAUAAACAUACAUAAAUACAUACGUAUGAUUAGUUUACCGUUCGAUUGAUGCAUACAUGCGUACUUUUAUUUGUUAAAGCAGGUUGAGGAUUAACGCAUUCAUAGGCUGAUGUGGCCCUGCUAUUUAAUUAUUUAGAAACAAAAUAACAUAAUGAAAUAAAAGUAUGUACAAUUGCACCAUCUAAUUUUUUUUAGUUAUUCACUGAUUGCUAAAAUUAUAGGAAUAUUAUAAAAUCGUCACUUUUCUUCGCUAUCAUAACUGGGGUUUUAAAUGAAAAUUCAUCAAAAAUAUAAUUUAUUUAGUAGAAAAUCUACAUAAUAUCUGUUUAACGGUCCUUUUCAGUUGUUUCACUUGAAUUUAAAAAAGGCAAUGUCUAAUCUCCCUUACCUGAAUGAAGCAGAAAAUACAGUUUGUCAAAUGAUCGAACUAAUCAUCAGAAUAACCACUACCUUGCUAAUGAAUUGACAUGUACAGUUGAGAUAAUCCGAAAACAGAAUGUCAUUUCCAGAAAAAAUUGUCAACCAUUGGCAAAGGUUUAAAAUUGUGUCAACCUUUAAAAAUGAAGGAGUACACUUUAAACCCACAAAAACUUUAGAAUCUACACAACUGUAGAUAUGAGAAACCUCUACUAAAGAACAUUUCUAACACAUUGUCACUGUAGUUAAACACAUCUUUUCCUUUAAUUUUUGCAUCUUAUGAAAACACCCUCUUCACCAGAUCGGAGAUGACCCAAUUAAAAAAGUGUAAUAAAGUAUAGAAGUGCAAUGAUAAUUAGACUCCAAAUUCUUUAACCCUAUUUAAAACGUUUUUGAAUGUUACCAACGUGCCCAACGUUUAAUAUCAUAAACAGAUUUUUAAUCAAUUCAUGCAUGAGCUGGCUUACAGAGCCUUUUAUUUAAACAAUUUUCAAGUGCAGAGGCCCAAGCACAGUUCACUGCCAGUAAUAGGGUGCAAAGAAAGUCAGUUUUAAAGCUUGCCCCUUGGGCGAGCUGUAGCUAGCAUGUAUUCCCAAAGUCAUUUUACUUAGUUGAAAGGAGUCUUGAUGAGCAGAAUUGCAUGACUGCAGUUCUUCAGUCAUUUGAAUUCCCCAAAAAAUGUAGCCUGCGAGCAAGCUCUCCUAUUUGGGCAAGCGAAGCGAGCCUUCCAAGAACGCGUGAGCGAGGGGCUGAGGACUCCUUUCCCCUCCCCUCGCGGCUUCGCCGCUCGCACGCGCAUUCUCACGAGACUCAUUUCACUCGCUCAAACAGGAGAGCUUGCUUGCUGGCUACAAAAAACUUCACUUGCCCGCCAGGCAAUUAAGUUGACAACGGAAUUCACUCGCUUGAUAGCAAAACAGGGUUGACGAAUUUUUGAAAGGAAUACAUGAAGCGAAUAGAGUGUCUGAGUCUUGGUCGAAUUUCUACAGUUAUACUUUCCUCAAAAAUAAUAAACUAGGUACUAAGGUUGUUUUUUGUGUGUAUUGAUGCAAGUCCUUUUUUGUUGUACACUGUAGGUGUAAUGGACCUUUUUGGAGCAUUAAAAAAAUCCUGGUAUUUCAUCAGUGUCUAUGUAAUAAGGUUAUUUCUUUUGUGUAUUGAUGAAAGUCUUCUGUUUUACACUGUAGGAGUAAUGGAUCUUCUUGGUGGCACAGGAGGACUGGUUGAAUUCAAGGCCUCCUUGUUAGCUUCUCGUGGAUUCGCCGCCUUAGCACUGGCCUAUUUUGGCUAUGAUGAUCUGCCUUCAUCCUUAAGUCCAUAUGUUGAGUUGGAGUACAUUGAAGAGGCAGCAGAAUGGUUGUACCAACAUUCUAAGGUCAUACCAGGUGGUAUAGCACUUCAUUCUCAUUGCUUGGGAUCGUGGCUUGCUUUGCUUCUUGCAAGUUAUAGGACUGAUCUAGUCAAGGCUGUUGUUGCAAUAGCACCAAUUUGUUGUGCUUUUGGAAAUACCGCAUACAGGUACAAAGGGAAGCUGUCAAACGUGUACAGCUACUCAAAAGAGGCCUUGAAAGUUACAGAUCAGGGAGUGAUGGUCAGAUUUUGUUCUGCAACAUUGAAGGAAACAACCAACCCAUUGGCAGACUUUCCGGCAAUGACUCCUGUGGAAAAUAUUUCAUGUCCUGUUUUGCUAAUUUAUGGCACAGAGGAUUUGAACGUGGAUGCCAAAUUAACUUCAGGGUACAUAUUAGACCAGUUAAAAGCAGCCGGCAAGGAAUCUCUAUGCACUGUAUUGCAAUUGCCAGGUGCUGGCCAUAUAAUUGAUCCACCCCAUUCACCCUUAUUCUAUUCAACCUACAGCAAUCAGUCCAAAAUGUUCAUUGUGUGGGGUGGGCAAGUCAAGCCUCAUGCAAUGGGCCAGGUGAUUUACUGGGACAAAACUUUACAAUUCCUGAAGCAAAAUCUGAUGAGGAACGUUAAGAGCAGUUUGUAG